UCGCGAAUCACUGAUUCGAAACAACCAAAUCAGUGAAUGUUUGUCUAACAGUCGAGAAUUCGUAACAGGCGUUGAUAUAAUUGUUUUCAUUAUCAACAAUUGCCAUUUUCUAUUGUUGUGAAAAAUUGCACUGAUAAUGUGUCGUUUCAGUGACCCUAUUCAUGGCUAAAUUCAUAUCCUUUUUAGAUUGUGCCUCAAACCGCCUGUCAACUAAAUGACAAAUUUCAAUUCUUUUAGAAACAGUCUAGGACGUAUAACGUAGUUCUCUUGCGUCAAUAUAUUUCUACAUUGAAGCCCAACACUCGCUUUACAUUCCCCUAAAUUGUCCCUAAACGCGGAAGGGGGUGAAGGGAAUUUUAUGGGUCACCAUCUUUUUAUGACGUAGAGUUCAACUGAUUCCCGCCCAAUGCGGAGACACAUUUGUUGUCUCCAAAAUUCCCUUUUAUGUCUAUUUCAGUUUUUGCAUAAAAUCGUGGAGUCUACGUGAAGCAAAAGUUUCCUUUAAUCGAAGUUGUUGCCACAAUACUUUCCUGAUAUUAAGGUUUAUCUUAUCAGAGAUCUGUUCGCUAUCAUGGAGAUUUUAAGUAGAUUGGAAUUUUAACAGACCGGAUGAUAUCUAGUGCAUACCAGAUGUUAUAUCUAGUAAACUAUGCUUACCAGACAUAAGAUUUCUUAUCUCGAAUAAGGGCCUAAAGCUAUUACUGUUUUGACAUUGUUUUGAGGCCAUGUUAUUCUCUUGUGAUCACUGCCAUAGCAAAACAUGUGGAUUCCACUGCCGUAUUACCAAUGUUAUGUUUAUGCAAUCGUUUUUGCAUGUUUUGCACCUAAAUAGCACAUUGGAACUGUCAUGCAACUUCAUAAAGCUUAUCAGCAUUUUUCGUCAAAGGCUUUCUGUUUAUGCUACAAAAAACAGGUCAAUAUCUUUGCCUUGUUUUUGCAAACAAACCGGGAUUGUCACGGUUAUGCAGUGUACAGGGAGGCAGUACCUAUGGCGACCUCUUGACCUAAGAGACAGGUUGCAUUCGAACGGUGUUGGUACAUUGCUAUUUGUGUUUGCAAUCAAGCGUGAAGCUCGCUAAACUGCUGCCCGUCCUAUGUUUGUCGUUUUAUUUUCACAAUGUUUUGCGCAUUUUUGAAACAAAAAUUAAACGAUUUAAACUGAAAGAUCGAGGAUGAUCAAGAAUGAAACUUUGGUUUGGUUACUUUGUUUGCGCGUGUGUUUGUGCAUCGUUGGGGAGAGCUGCCACGAACCAAGACGUUGACGGCACGAUAGUUUGGGUGGACAAUGACAAAAAGGAGAAGGACAUAACAAUCGGAAAGCCCACUACGGCUGGGAGUGAAGACUUGAAGCUCUGGAACUUUGCUGAUAAUCGCAUUAAUAAUGUCGAAAGUGUUGAUGAAGGGGAACAAGAUAAAAACAGCAAAGUAUCAACGCCGAAAUAUGUUGGGACGGAAGAUACCCCUUCUGUUUAUGAUAAACAUAAGCCUAAGGUCUCUACGAACAAUAAGGACACUGUAGAUGCAGAGUAUAUAAGUGAUGAAGAAUCCAAUGGUGAUUCCCUUGAAAAUGAUGAUCAUGCCUUAGCAUUAGGAAGCUUGUCUCUUGGAGAUUCCCCUAAAAUUGAUAACCAAAAUCAUGUAGGCGGAGAAUCCCCAGAGUUCCACGAGGACUAUCAAGAAAGUACGCGAAGUUCUCACGAUACUGACGCUACUCCUAUCAACUCUCACGUUACUUCUAUUAACUCUGAGGCUGAAGAACUUGUAAAUGGCCAUGAGCAAUGGCAAAGGUCUGAAUUUGAAACAUCACCGGAAGAUGAUAACGAAGACGAAGAUGACGAUGAAACCGAGGCUGAUGAGACUGGUCAGACAAAAAGCCUUGUCGAAAAGCGCCCAAAAUCUUCUCAUAUAAAGCGCCCAAAAUCUUCUCAUAAAAAGCGCCCAAAAUCUUCUCAUAAAAAGCGCCCAAAAUCUACCCAUCGUAAAAAGAGUAAGAAAGCAGCCAAAGGGCGUGCGAAAAGUGUGAUUGAAAGUCGCAAAAGCAGUGUAAUCCCCGAUGCCAAGGAAAUACGAGAGGCGAAAAGCAUGUUGUAUGAUGGAGUUCAUGUUAAAAGGGAUGAUAUAGGGAGGCUUACGCCGUAUGAUGAUGAUGAUGUUGAAAAUGGGGAAUUAAGGGAGAAAAUGGGGAAUUAUGCACCUGACGACAAGGAGAUAUCUGAAGUCGUUUCGCACUUCACUGAUAACAAGAAGGAGAAUAAUCAUCGUAUGGACCAUGACGAGCUUCAGAUGCACCUCGAUGAUGAGGCUUUGAAAAUGGAAGUUAAGGCAAUCGAGGAUGAAGAUUCUAACGUAAGGAGUGUGCUUCAGGGGUCCUCGAAAUUUUCCAACGAUCGCAAGCUGAAUUACUUCGAAGGUGAUUUUGAGAAGGAUAUUAUCAAGAAUUUCGGGAAAUCAGGCUUGGAACUACAAGGGAUUAGAGACAGUAAAAGUUUCGAUGCCAAAGCUAGAAAGGAACGUAAGGAUGAUGAUAGAAGUGAUGAAGAUGGGCCGGAAAAUGAUGAAGAGGAAGAAAAUCGUGAAAGAAAAUUCAAAGAAGACGAACGAGAAAAUGAAGAUGAAAAGGAGGAUAAUGAUAGAGAAAAUGAUGAAUCGGCAGAAAAUAGAAACAUGGAUAGAGAUAGGCCGGAAAAUAAUGACAGUGAGGAAGAGGAAGAACACGGCGAAAGGAAGGACCUUGUGACGGAACACAGCGACUCCCAAGAUGGAAGAAAGUUUAAAAAAUCACACAGAACCGCCAAAAAGUACAACUUCUAUUCUCCCACUGGGAAAUUAGGAGGUGAUAUUUCACCGACAGAAGAAGCUGAAAUGGGUGUCAAUAUUGACAAUCAAGCGAUGGAAACGGAAAUUAAGCAGAUUCAAAAUGAAGAUGCCAAGGUCAGUGCCGCUCUGGAAGGAAUAGGAAAGGGCCCUAAGCUGGUCGAUUUUGAUGAAUACUCGUACGACACCCAGGAUUCAAUGGCAGGCAAGGCAGCGACGCAUCAUAAGUUUAGUGUGGAGAUAAAUCCGACUGAAGAGGAAGACCUAGCAGGAAAGACAAAUCAGAAACAUGAGAUAGGGCAGGGAGACAAAGGAUCGUCCGACUCGCCCCUCGGUGAUGAUAUACGCGCUAUGUUGCGGGAAACCUCUAGGGUGCUAAAUGAAACCAAUGCAGUGCUGAAUGAGGGCAAAAUGGCUACCCAUAGGUCUUCUGAAGUUUUAAACGCUAUGAUGCAAAAAAACACUAGCGAUGCAAAUGCUAAUGCGACAUCGAUAAAUGCAAUACCGUACAAUGCAACUGUCAAUAACACAGGAAGUAAUGAGAAUGCAAGUAUGAUCAAUGGGAGUGCAACUGUAAAUAGCGGCAAUUCAACUGCAUACAACACUAGUGCAACAACAGCAAAUGUAAAUGCUACAACUGGGAACAGUUCUAAUAUAAACAGAACACAGAAUGAGUUUGUUCCUCCUGACAGUGGAAAGUUCUUUGAAUCAGAGAGUGCUAAAUCGGAUGAUGAGUAUAUUGAGAUGGGACACUUGUCUCUCCCGUCGAAACGUGAUAUAAAAGCUGCCAAAUUGAAACGAAAACAAAAAGGAAAAGGUAGGCACUUCAAGUUCAACUCAAAGCAUGCUAUGAGAAAAAGUAACAGAAUAAAGAAUAAGGCACGUGUCGGAAAACGGUAUACGAAUGGUGAGAUGAAAAUAUUGAACUUGAUGUACAAAUCACCCAUGUUUGCAAGUGUUCGCAAUCAUAUUGAAAAGUUUCGUCAACAGCAACACGAGAAACGGUCCUAUACACCAUCCCUUAAGACAACGUACAGGAGAUUUAAGAAACCUAGGAUUGUGCGAAAACGAGGACAGUUCACAAAGAAGAGGAUAGAAGCUGGCAAGAAGAGAGGCAGUGUUGAGGAAGGGAUGACCGGAGGAAAGUUUAGACCGCUAAGGAUACUGGUUAAAUCUGUUGGUUGUUUUGAUCCUCCUUUUGAUGGAACCUCGUGUGAAGAAAAUGCUGGAUCUAUUCAACUGAACGGCAACGAGGUCAGUCCCAAUAGACAGGGCUUCAAUUUUGCUGUAAUCGACUUCAAGAGUGGAAAGCUUGAAGACACAGAGGCAUUUAACACCCACGGCAUCGCAGGGGCAUAUGAAAGAAUGGAGUCAUUCCUUGACGGUGUCCCUGAUUGGAAAAUACUUGUUGCUGCAAUUAGAGAAGAUGCUAAAGACAAUAUGCCAUUGUCAUCAUUGGGAAAAUUUAAACGUUUUGGAGCUACGAAAAUCACGCAGCCAAACUCUUUGGAGUACCGGUCUGCCUACUCUUUAGUUGGCUUCUCCGGACCAAAGGAGAUCAUGAAAGACAUUAAAUGGAUUCGUGAGGAACUGAGUGAGCCUUCAAAAGGACCAAGCAUUAUCAGUGUGCAAGUCAAUGCAGGCCCUGGACCAUUUCAGCAGCUGUACAAGAAAGAACAGUUGCUGAAACCAAAGCCCAAACCGAAGCCUUUAAUAGCACCUUCGAUCGCAAGAACUACUGCUACUGAUUUCGGAGAAAAUGAUGGCAGCAUAUCAGGCAAGGGAGAAGAGACCGACUCAGCUGGCGAAGAGGAAUUUACUAAUGAUCAUGAAAAGACAGGAGAUGCCAAAUCUACUGGACUUAAUUUCGGUGCUGGUGGAGCUACUGGAGGUUGGGGUGGUGGUGGCGGCGGCGGUGCUGCUGGUGGUGGCUGGGCUGGUGGAGGCGGAGGAGCUGCUGCUGGUGGCGGUGCUGCUGGAGGUGGCGGAGCUGCUGGAGGUGGCGGAGCUGCUGGAGGUGGCGGAGCUGCUGGAGGUGGCGGAGCUGCUGGAGGUGGUGGAGCUGCUGGAGGUGGCGGAGCUGCUGGAGGUGGGGGAGGAGCGGCGGGUGGUGGUGGAGCUGCUGGAGGCGGUGGUGGCCUGAUAGGUGGCGGUACUGGUGGUGCUGGCGGAGGUGGUGGUGGGGACGGUACUGAUGGAGCAGUUCAAGCUGCUGGAGAACUCGCAAACGCUGCUGAAGGUUUGAGCAAAGCUGUAAACGGUAUAAGUAAUGCAGUUGGAGCGAUAUCAAAUGGUGCAAAUGGCGGUGUUCAACCAGGUGGUUUGGCUGGAUCUGGGACAACUGGAGGUACAAGUAUUGGCACCAAUCCAAGUGGCAGUGUUAAUGCUGCUGCCUCUGGCCCCCAUCCUGCAGCACUAGGUGGUGCUCUCACGGGAAUAGCACAGGAAAUGACUGGUAUACAGCCAACUGUAGGACAAGCAACUCAGCCCGCCCCAACUGUGACACAGCCAUCUGUGACUGAUGGUGGACAGCAGCCUGCAGGUCAGACAGGAGAUGGCGGUGCAGGUUCUCCAGGUGGUGUCGAUGGGACUGGAGGUGUUGAUGGAGCUGGUCAACCUGGAGCCUCUGGUCAACCUGGAGCCUCUGGUCAACCUGGAGCCUCUGGUCAACCUGGAGCCUCUGGUCAACCUGGAGCCUCUGGUCAACCUGGAGCCUCUGGUCAACCUGGAGCCUCUGGUCAACCUGGAGCCUCUGGUCAACCUGGAGCCUCUGGUCAACCUGGAGCCUCUGGUCAACCUGGAGCCUCUGGUCAACCUGGAGGAGCUGGUCAACCUGGAGGAGCUGGUCAGCCUGGCAGUACUGGUGGAACCGGAGGCACAGGUGGCGCAAAUGCCGGUGCCAAUGCCCCAGGAGCAAAUGGUCAGCAAGGUGGUGGACAGCAAGGAAGCACUGAAGGUGGCGAUGAUCAGGCUGCAAAUACCCAAGCUGCAGUAACUGAUGCCAAUGCCAACCGUGCAGGUGAAAUGGCAGGUAAGCAACCUAUACCCGAGUUAAAGAAGCUGGCAGAUAUGGGACAGGCUUUAGGCUUUGGAAGUUUACCGGGUACUGGCACACCAACAGCUAUGAUUGAUAAGCUUCUUGCAAUGGCUGAUGCCUUAGGCCUUGAUGGUACUGCAGGGCAACUGGGACAAAAAGUGCUGACGAGUAAGAAACCUGCUCGUUUUGGGCCCGGUGAAGAUGGUAAAACACAGCUUCUGAAUGGCCUGGAGAACACCGGAUUAACUGCUGGAGUUGACGGGAAAACACCAGAAGUUGUUGGAUCAAAGCUCGUCCCUGAAGUUGCCGGAACACCAGGCUUUGAAACUGGUGCUGGUGGAAAAGGUGGUAAAGGUUUAGCUGGCACAGUUGAAGGUGGCUCUCUAGAUGCAAACGUUGCUGUCACGAAUGCGAAAGGUGGCACACAAGCUGCCUUCAAAGUUGGCCCAAAUGGAGAGUUGGGCGGUGCAGGUGCUGCAGCUGGAGGAAAAGCUGGAAAGGCAGGGAAAGGAGGAAAAGGUGGAAAAGGACAAAAUAUCGCUCAAGGCGGUCCUUUGGGAGCUGCUGGUGGUGGUGCUGCUGGAGCUGUAGCUUCUGGAAGUGGUGGUGCAGGUGGAAAGGCUGGAGGAAAGGGACAAGAUGCUUAUGCAAGUAUUGGGUCUCCUGCCCAACCUAAUGGAGAAGGUGAUGAUAAGAGUGGAGGAGGUGGAGGUGGAGCUGGAGCUGGAAGUGGCAUGGGUGCUGGGGGUACAGCGGGUGUAACAGAUGGAAUUUCAUCGUCAACAGAUGUUGAAAAUAGUCUUUCAAGUGCUUUCAGCGGCCUUGGUGUGCCAGAAAAGCCUGCGAACGGUAUAGCAACUUACCUAGCUGCAGCCAUGGGUGCAGGGAGUGGUUCUCUUGCCGCAGCUGGAGGCAGUGUUAACAGUUUCAAUGGAGGUGCAGGUGGGGAAGCUGGAAAUGUUGGAGGGUUCCGUUUUGCAGGUGACAAGAAGCUUGCCGCUCAGCAGGCAGGGCUUGCAUCUAAGCUUGCGAAAUCUGUAGCUGAUAUCGGAGGCUCUGGAGCUGCUGCAUCUGCAGGAAUUGCCAGUUUGAGUAAUUUUCUCAAAACAAAUAUUGACACUGAUCCUAAAAAGGUUCAAGGAAAACUUGGUGACGCUUUAGAUAAAGUAGGUGGGCCAGGAACAACAGUGGGACUUACUGCCCUUGCUGCUGCCAUGAAGGCAAAAGACAGCUUGCAAAGCUCAGCUGCUUUGGUCGGAAACUUAAUUCUCAGUCUGGGUGAGCAAGGCGAGCAAUUAGGAACAGCGGCGUUAGCUGCAUUUGCUGCUGGCCUGGGAGGUGCUGGGUCAGAGGCUCUAUCUGGUAAAUCAUCAGGAAGUAUUUUGGAUGCAGGGAAGGUAAGAGGAAGUAUCAGUGAUGGGAAUGGAGGAGGUGCAAUGGUAGAUGCUAGAAAUGCAGCACUGACGGGCCAGUAUAGCCUUGCAAAUACAGGAGCGAACAUUGAAGAGAUAGCUGAAGCAUUGAAUUCUGUUGAAGGAAUUGGAGGAUCUUCGUCAAGACAGUCUAGCAUAGCAGGUGCAUUUGGCUUCAGAGGGUCUCAUUUCGGAAACAGUGACGGGCUUUCUGCUGCAUUGAAUGCUGCUGCAGCUGGAGGAGGCCUUGCUGGCGGAGUUUCAGGAGGAUUAGCUGGGGCAGGCGGUAUUGGAGGUGGCGCUGGUGCUGUUGGUGGUGGUGCUGGCGGUGGUGCUGCUGGUGGUGCUGUUGGUGCUGCAGGUGGUGCUGGUGGUAGUGCUGGUGGUGGUGCUGGUGGUGGUGCAACAGGCUCAAUGGCCAUGCCCACCGGUGGAGAAGUUGAGGUUCACCCUUCUAGUACAGAUAGCGAAUACACUGGUAGAGGUCCCGUUGGCUCAAGGGCGCAAGGAGGAUUUAUGGAUGUCAAUCCAGCAGGAGGUGCUGGUAACAUGGUGACGAACGUUGCCGCUGGAGCUGGCUUGGCUGCUUCUGGUGCUGUUAGUGGUGCGGCUGCAGCAGGUGGUGGUGGUGGAGCUGCUGGAGGUGGAGGAGUAGGUGGAGUAGGAGGUGCAGGGGCUGGUGGCAAAGGUGGAGCAUCGGGUGCUAUAGGGGCAUUGAUAAAUGGAGGAGCUGGAGGUGCUGGUGGUGGCAUAGGUGGAGCAGUUGGGGCAGGAAUCGGUGGGGCUGGUGGUGCUGCAGGUGGAGGAAUCGGUGGAGCUGCUGGAGGUGGUAUUGGAGGCGUUGCUGGGGCAGCUGCAGCCGGUGCUGCAUUAGGAGCAGCUGCUGGAGGAGGCAUUGGUGGUGCAGGUGGUGGAGCAGGAGGAGGAUUAUCAGGGGCUGCAGGUGCAGCUGCAAAUGGUGCUGCUGGUGGAGGUGGUGCUGGGGGCGCAGGUUGGGGUGCAGGUGGGGGUGCAGGCGGGGGUGCUGGUGGUAUUAGUGGAGCAGCUGGAGCAUCAGCUUCAGGAGGAGCUGGUGGUGGAGCUGGCGGAGGAGGAGGUGGAGGUGGAGGCGGAGGCGGAGGUGGAGGCGGAGGAUCUAGUGGUGGUGGCAAUGGUGCCGGAGGGUUAUCAGGAGUUACCAGUGCUGGAAUGGCGUCUGCUGGCGGCACAGCAGAUGUCGCUCAAGGCGUUGCCUCUGGACUUGUCAGUUCAAAUUCGAAUUCCGGCGUAGGCCAGUCUAGUAGUGGUGGCAGCUCUUCACAGAAUUCUGCAAGCUCAAGAAAAUGCUACAUCAACUGCAAAGCCCAAACAAGAGCCGCCAAAAGUGUUUUUGUGGAGCUGUCUUCAACUGAUACGAAAGCGUCCAUAAGAGUUAAUGGAAAAGACCAUAGCAAAGAUGACCGUGGCUUUAAUGUUGUGAUACUGGACUACACAACAGGAGAUGUCCAAGCUUCCGAAAGCUUUAAUACACAGUCUGACGGAGGCUCAGCCAAAGCAAUGGCAAACUUCAUUAACUCAUUAAAGCCAGCUACCAUUGUUUUGAUUGCAACACGUGGCAACGCUGAUGUUGAUUUGAAUGAUGAUGCAUACAGCGCGUUGGAUUCAUGUGGUGCUCAUAUGCUUAAGAAAGAUGGCCUAGCUCAUGGUGCAAAAUACGUUUUUGUCGGGUUGAAAGGAAAGGGACGAGAAACCGAACCAGAGUGGACCAGAGAAGUUGUUGCUGAGAAAAAGGGAGAAUCUGCUUUACUUGGAAUGCCAAUUGAUGUUGGACUGUCUCUUAUCAAAGACCCAAAGUCCUUUUGUAGUCAAAUUUGUGAUGAUAGUAGUGGUGUAUUGGAUGUACCAAGCAGUUUCAAACUGUCAUCAGCUUAUGAAGAUAUUGGAUCAAACAGUGCUAAUCCAAACCCAGGCUUGUCGAUGGCUCUUAAAAGAACGAAACAAACCUCAAAAGAGCAGACGGGACUCAAGCGGGAGAAGAGUGCAAAAACAUUGCUUGAUUUCUUCAAAGACAACAACCAAAGCCUUGAUGACGUCAGUGGCGGAGUACAAGAGGAGAACAGUGACGAUGAAGUGAUAAAAGAGGUUGCUCAGACAGAGAAGACAGGGUCUGACGAACAGCAGAAGACUGAUGUGGGGUCGAUAGAAACUGGAAAGCAACGAGGCAUGACCGAUGACGAUUUGCUCAAUGCUACAUUGAAAGAUUAUGAAUCUUUGGUAUUGGACGCAAAGAAACAGGGGCAAAUGCCAGAAAAUGCAAAUGGCGUGGAAGGGCUGAACUUGGCCAGCGAGCACGGACAAGGUAAUAUUUUUGGUGGGCUGAGUACAGGAGUUGGCGUGCGAGAGGGCGCUGCGAUCGUACCGGCCAUGCGGCAAGGGGAUAGCAAGCAAUAUGUGCCUUUGUCCCAUGAAAAUAGACAUGAUCUGCAAGUUCUUACUGAAAUACGCGAGCUUAUCAAAAGUGCCAGUUCAAAUCUUCACAGACCGACUAUUGAUUAUAUGACUAAAUACAGAGGACUCGAGCAACGACAUCGAACUGGGCUAGGGGAAAACCGCGUGAAUGACGCGGCAAUGAAACCUGUGAUAUACAAUGAAGAAUUCCCAGUGCAGACAUCGAACGUUCUACCGUGGCCUACAGAGCAGACAAGCUCUUCUUUGGUGCACGAUAGAGAAUCAUCAGACAAAGAUGAGAAUAGCAAGUCUGUUUCAAUGCUAGAUAAAGAGGAGGAUAGUGCUAAAGAGCCAGAUGCGUCCACAAGACCGACAAAGUCUUCAACUGUAAGACCUUCAAAACUGAAAUUGUUGUUGACACCCUCAACAAGACGAAAGAGCAAAGGAAAGACAAGUAGAAAAGCCACUGUUAAGAAUUUAGGGCAAAACAGCGGUAGCAUUUUGCAAACCCUAAUGCGAAAAAUGGAAAGCAUUCGAGAAAGAGUUGACGAAGGAGCGAGUGAGACAAGCUCGGUUUCUGGUGGUGUCUCUCUUGGGGCAGUCUUUCAAGGAGCUCCACCCAAAAAAGUUGAAAAACCGAAAGCACGUCACAAAAUUAACAAAUUCUCCGAAAAAAGUUAUAGCGAAAUUGGGGACUACCUGUACUCAAGAUCAGGUCAGCCUAGGCCUAUAGCGAAUGUGCAAGGUACAGUGAAGAAGAAGCAAAGUACAGUCUCUAAUAAGCACGAAAUUCCAGGAAAAAAGCAUUCAUUUCGAAGAAAUUCUUCAUUAAAACAUAAUAAGAGGACACUGUAACACUUGCAUGUUUUUAUAGUACUCUGUACUAUAUAUAUAUUAGGUCCAAAAUACUAGUGAGUUGUGCAGCAUCCAUAUGCGUUAAGAGCACUUCUCCAGUCAACUGAGACUUCAUAGAUUUUUUGACUGGUGUUAACUCAUUGCACUGUAGGUUAACAAAAUGUGCAGUGUCAUAAUUAGCUGCUCGAGAAGACGACUGACGAAGAAACCUCCUUAGUCUGACUGCUCAAGGGAUAUUGUAUACAAACUGUAGCUCCUUGCAAAUAUGAGGCUUAACAAAAUACGUUUUAUGGUAUCCAACUGUGCUCAUUUCUAACCUUGCUAACUUUGGGAGACUGCAUUAUGUGAGAUAGAUUAUUGCAGUUGAAAAAUGUUUACGAUGGCAAUGUUGUAUCUAUUAUGGUACUGUAAAAACUACCUUUGUGAACAUUGAAUUAAAGAUAGGUAGGGGACCUUACCAACAAAGACUGGGGACCUUACCAACAAAGACUGGGGACCUUACCAAUAAAAAGGGAUAUUAAAAACGGACUUGUUAAGAUAAGUAAACAAGUCUCAAAUCCAUUUUUUGUAGAAAUAUUUUAGAAGCUGUUCCUACCAAUCGUUAUCAUUCACGUCCUUUUCUAUCUUCUAUAAAAAACCCAAUUUUUUAAAAACACUGUUUUAGUUCCUGCUCUUGCCUACCCCCCAGGAUCCCCUUUAAAAAAAUUUGGACUCGUUCCCAGAUUUAAAUCUGUGAGGCUAGCUAUCUAUUUGUAUAUCCAUAUAUAAUUGAACAUCCCUUAUGAGUUACGAUAAAUCUAUUGACAGUUACGUCGCGGAGCGUAUUUAGUACAUAGAUGACGUCAUGAUUUUUAUCCAUUGACAAAGUAAUUGCAAAAUUAAAUCUUUAUCAUCUAAUUAAGCAAUUAAAUGCUUUAUUUAGUGUAUCAUAGCUCUACCUAUUUUCUAGAUACAUUUUGUACAUUUUUUCGUGUAAAUUUAUCAUUCAUCGGAAAUAAAAACUGUUUCUUCGUGAUCUCUUUAGAUUGAGAUGAAGGACCUCUGUAUCAUUUUCAUACAGUAAUUGAUUGUGAAUAGGGCUGUAACUUUUAUUAA